AUGGCUCUGGCCAAGACACAUGACACGGAUCAGGGAACAGAAUCAGUCAGGAAGCCUUCACAGUUGUCUAAGUCAACGUGCAAGGGGCUUUUGCACAGUGAGGCUGUGGGCGUGUUCAGAGUUGGUCGGAGAGCCACACGGCCUGGGGCUUCCUACCCAUUCCGCCUCCUCCCGGCGCUUCAGACACAAGACCGUUCAUUAAAGAGUUUGUGUUCGAGAGCUGGAAGUCUGUUACCCAAGAUGAUGAAUGCUGACAUGAAUGCAGUUGAUGCUGAAAAUCAAGUGGAACUGGAAGAAAAGACUCAACUUAUUAAUCAGGUUUUGGAACUCCAACACACACUUGAAGAUCUUUCUGCAAGAGUCGAUGCAGUUAAGGAAGAAAAUCUGAAGCUAAAGUCAGAAAAUCAAGUUCUUGGACAAUAUAUAGAAAACCUCAUGUCUGCUUCUAGUGUUUUUCAAACAAUUGAUACAAAAAGCAAGAGGAGAUAAAGGGUUCACCUCCCUCUCUUCUAUGGAUUGCUGCUUUUUUUUCUUCCCCCUUAAGGCUUGGAUAUGAUCCAAAAGUUAGAGUAUCUUUGUUCUUCCCUGAGUAUUUAUAAAGAGAAUGUCAGAUCUAGGUAACACUAAUGCUGAACAGGAGCAUCUCUGAGUUAACGCUAUAUGUAUACGUUAGUCUAUGAAAAUGUGCACAUGUAGAGACUUUAUAUUAGAAUUACAGAUAUUUAUGAAACUUGAA